UUAAGUUGAUACGCGUAAGGUAACGCCGCUGCCGGCAAAUCGGUGAAAUUGUUAACUAAGUUUUCAACUUUUAUACAUACAACAUCACAAUCACUUCACUUGAAAAUGAAAUUUUUAUGCGAAAAACGCAAUUUACGCUUUAAAUUAUCGAGCAAAGUUGAAAAUAUAAUUGUAACGUUGUUAAAUAGAAAACAAAAACGAAUCAAUCAAUAAUCGCAUUGCAGUGAAACAAAAAAAUGAUGGAAAAUUAAAUUUAUCGAUGAAAAAAAAAAUUGAAUACGUUUUAUGAAUGUAAUAGAAAUGAUGAUUUCAUUGACUUUUAAAGCCCGCACAGCACAGCUGAUCAAAAUGAUUUUACGUAAUUACAAUAUUUUAUGUGUAUAAACUGUCUCUGUUGAGUUUGCAUAAUUCAUGGAUGAGUAUAAGAUACCGAUUGAUUAUUACAGUUUGUUACUAAAUCGUCGCGGACGGAGGGUAUGAUUUUCUCUAAUAAAAAUAAUCGCAGCUAAAAGACUUUGGUUUAAAAAAAGGAUAAACCUGUUGAUAUGAAAGUUCAAUGGCUUUAAGAAGCAAAGUUAUUAAUCUGUACAAAACCCUACUCUACAUGGGUCGAGAUUAUCCCCAGGGCUACGAUUAUUUUCGAGACAAGCUAAGAAAAGCUUUCGAUAAGAAUCGCCACGAAACUGACCCAACUCAAAUAAAAAAGAUGAUAGUUCAUGGUAACUAUGUCAUAAGGGAGCUGCAAGCUCUUUAUAUGUUGAAGAAGUACCGAACGAUGAAAAAAAGAUAUUAUGACGAAUCGCCGAAAUUAUGAGAGCGUAAAUAAAAUUCGGAAAAUUUGUGAUAAUUUUACCGCAAGGAAUUUGACGAUUGAA